UGCGUUAUCUUCUUCCAUGGGUGAAAGGCGGCCUAGUUGGAAACUCUUACUAGUGAACUAAACCUUUCUUUCUGUAAAUGACAGUUCCCAUGUUCCUUUUGGUUGAUGAGAGGUUUACUACAUGAUUAUACUUAAUCUCCGUUUGGUUUACAUAGUUGAACACUGUUCUGCAUAACUUGAAUUUCUCUCAAGACAAUGUUGUGCUGCUGUCCACCUGUAAUUCUGGACAUAGAUAAUUGAAACCCCGAUUAUUUCUCUUUCCUUUUAUUUGCAGGCUCUUCCUUCUCAUUUCUCAGUCGUAACUUCGUCGAGCACUGCAUCCUUGGUACAGACAACCUCCCAAGGAUCUUGCUGAUGUACUUCUCAAACACAAUGUCCUCCAUAACCAGCUACUUCCCUACAGUGUUAUGCAACUCGCCUCAAUUCAACAGGACGGUCAUAAACCAGGACUUGCAGUACAAAAUCCUGGAUCAGUCCUUCAGGCAGGAGCCUCGUGCCCUGAACUCCACCGACUUCAAUGCCAUGAUCCGUAGUGGAGCUGCAUUCGCCACCGAGUUCCAGCCUGACGAUCCAGUGCUUGACCGAAUAGACAGUGACGUCCUGGGGAGAAGCCCUGGGGAAAUUGUGCCUGGCGGCUGGUGCUUAGGAAACCCUGCGAACGGUACAUGUUCCGUUUGGGGGGAUGCUAAUGUUCUGAGACCUGGAAAAGGAGCAGCGAGGCUUGAGAAGCGUAUUGUUGAACUGCUGUCGAAUGGACGGUUCAGGUCUCAGCAGUGUAUAUUUGAAUGAUGUAAUCCCCACUCAAUGGUACCACUUACUACACGUAGAAACAGAGUUCAAGAGAGACCAAAAGGAGGAGCUGGUCAAGUUUUGUAACCAAUUAUUUCACACUGAUUAUUUACUGUGACUUGCCUCAAAUACUCAACCAACAAGGACAGAGUCUAACUGAGGUUCCUAAAGAGAUCUACUGUUACAACAAAACUCUCAGUGGCCCUAACUCCUCGCGACUCUUUUACUACAACAAUAGUACAAUACAAUGAUAUGCUACGC